AUGGGGCAAUGGGCUAAAGGCCCACCUACUUAUACUUUGGAAACAAUCGCAGCAGAGCUGGUUUUUGUAUGCACCUGUAACACUGGAACUGCCCCAGUCGUCAAGAACCCGUGGAGCGAUCAUGCUCAAAGCAUCCGAGCAGUGAUGUUCGAAUUGACAUUGUCAAGUACUACUGCUGUGCCUCUAACCCCGGACCUUGCAUCUUCUCAUCAACCAUCACUUUUUGCGCGUCUUUACUCCUCCCGUGGUCUCUUCAUGUGUGGACCUUACCCCUUUCACUCUCGCUUGCAUCAUGCCUCGCAAUUGCCAUCAUCCAGCGACUCUUCCGGGCAUAUGCCACUCUGGGCGAUGCUCUCUUCUAUCGACUCAAAGGAGCUCAUGAGCGAUCUGAGGGGUCCGAGCAUUGUUACUACGUGGUCGGUAGUCAUCCAGCAGGAUGUUGUUCAUCUGCGAGUACUGCUUGCGGGGUGCCACAUUUUUGUGAUAUAUCGCCCCAACCUCAAGGCUCUAACGCGUUAUUGUUUCUUCAUUAAACUGGCACUGCCUGCUUUUGCCGGCAUUCUACUCGAUUUAGACAUCUACUCUCCAAUCCUUCGUCGUUCCAGUUAUCCCCAUGUCACCCUCUGCUAUAAGGAUGACUGGGGACGGCCAUACAAACCCUCAUUUACAGGAACAUCAACGCAGAUGCCACGUCUUCAUACCAUCACCACCGUUUUUUUCAAUGACCUCCGAAAGUGCGGUGACUACUAUGGCCUGUCAAUACUGUUUACAAAACAAAAGCAUUCAGUGACCAGGGAUGGGCCUGGUUACCUCUCAUAUGUUCCCCUCAGAGAUGGUUAUCUCCGACGCUGGAAGCGGGGAAUAAGAUCAGAGAUAACAACUCUAUGUGCACUUUCGGUAGAAGCCAAGCCGUUCCUUUGGAACAAAGGUGAGCUGAGAAGGCACAAUCUGAAUCCAGCCCUUGCACUUUAUCGGCAUGGAGAGAGUUAUCGCGCCAUAUAUUCUCUGUCCCUAGCGGCCAUUCAGCAACUGGAUCCUAGUUGGAAGAAGUUCUUGAAGCCAAGACUGUGA